CGUGAAGUGAUUAUUCAUUUUACGUUCAUAUAGUUUCAUAUCAAUCAUUGCACCAUUACAUUAAUUAUUGCGACAUAAUUUGCCAUAGUAUCACGCCUCUUGAGCUCAGCGGACUUCCGUUUUUACCGGCAAAGUAAAUCUUGUCGUCACUUUUAGAUGGCGUGGGCAGGCGAUAUUUUGACAAACAGUCAUUGAAUGGGACGAUCCGCGAGUUUUUAUAAUUGAUUAAUUAAUUAUAUUGUUGGCGUUACGUAAAAUCGAAAAGAGCCCCGAUCGCGUCAAUGACGCGUAAUUUUUGUCGUCCUCGAUAGCAAUGUUCCUUCUGAUAAACACGCUGUAAUACUCGUGAUGUCAUGAUUAUCGCCAUCUUCGUCUUGUGUCAUUCACUGUUGUCGUUGUAAACUGGUUAGCCGUCAUCGACAAGUAAUUUGCGGGAUAUCGUCACGCCUUGCAGAUUUGAUUAGAGUUAGCUUCGAUUCGCUCGUGCACUUGAUACUCUUAUAGUUGGAAACAGGUUAGUCGGAAGGAGGCCCUUGUCACUGUUUCAGGACUAUGGAGGGUGGUGGUGCAGGAGGCGAGACGGGCGGUCCGCACAAUGCCCAGCAAGCGGGCGCCAGCAAGAAGCUGCAGCAGACACAAGCCACCGUGGACGAGGUCGUAGGCAUAAUGAAGGUUAACGUGGAGAAGGUGCUGGAGCGAGAUCAGAAGCUCUCCGAGCUCGAGAAUCGCGCGGACGCCUUGCAGCAGGGCGCGACGCAGUUCGAACAGCACGCCGGCAAGCUGAAGCGAAAAUACUGGUGGAAGAAUCUCAAAAUGAUGCUUAUCCUCGGCAUCAUAUGCGUCGUUAUCUUAAUCAUCAUUAUUGCCUCGGUUGUGCCAAGUAGUUCGGACAACUCCAAUAAUUCUACAAAAUGAUAGCGUUGUACCAAAGGAAAGACACGGUGUCAUACCGAUCAACCACAUCCUCUCUCUUAGGAUAAGUUAAAUAUAUAUAUAUUUGGUGAAGUACGUACAAGGGGGACUGCAGAGAGCUAGAUGAAGGAUGGAAUUUACAUGUUUUUAUCUGUAACGUCAUCCGCACAGAAAAUUGGGGAACAAAGAGAACAUAUUUUUGAGACUCAUUAUUGUAUCGAAGCGCACACGAUUAUUAGACUAACAACCAGUAUUAAUACGAGUGGCCUUCCUUAUCUUUUAACGGAACAGAAUAAACACUGGGGUAUUCUUACGAAUGUUAAUCUUGUUACAACGCUUUAUUAUAAAUUAUAUAUAAUAUAUGUUUGUACACUCUUUC